AUGAGGCCUGUGAUUAUGUCUAGGUGGUUAACCACCUUUUUGGCCUGCCUUCUAAUACAAAAUGUCCUCGCAAUUGAGGUAAAUCCUGAGGAUGAGACCUCCCUCAAAAAUGCCGCCAAGACCGUCGCCACCACCAUGAUGGAUUUCUACAAUGCCCGCGACUCGAAAGAUAUUCCGGGAAAGAUGGACGAUACCUGGUGGGAGGGUGGUUCGAUGUUUAUGACCCUCAUCCAGUACUGGUAUUUAACAGGCGACAGCCAGUUCAACGACGCCAUCCAGGAAGGCAUGUAUUGGCAAAAGGGCAAGAACGACUUCUUCCCAAGCAACUACUCCCAAUACCUGGGUAACGACGAUCAAGUGUUCUGGGGGUUAGCGGCGAUAACCGCCGGAGAACUGAACUUCCCAGAAAGAGAUGGUGAAGCCUCAUGGGUUUCUCUGGCCGAAGGUGUUUUCAAUGGACAGGUUCCUCGCUGGGAUAUGAAAAAUUGCGGUGGAGGGUUGCGAUGGCAGAUCUGGCCUUACCAGGAUGGGUAUAAUUUGAAAAACGCCAUCUCCAACGGCGGAUUGUUCCAGUUGUCAGCGCGUCUGGCACUAUACACUAAGAACGCGACCUAUGCCGAAUGGGCCGAGAAGAUUUGGGACUGGAGUGCGACUACACCGCUGUUGAGGAAAAACUGGACCAAUGGCACCGAAAGCAAAUGGGUCGAAGGUAUAACAGGACUGCUCAAGACAUCUAAUCAGUUCUUCCCUGACUCUGGCGGGAACCAAAUCAUAUCCGACAUAACAUGCGAGCCUAUCAAUAAGUGUGAUCGCAACCAGAAAACCUUCAAAGCCUAUUUUACCGGCUGGGUCGGUUUCAUGUCUCUCAUCGUACCGGCCAAUGUCACAGCGGAGGUAAUGGCGAAAUUCAAGGUCUCCGCUGUCGCUGCUGGUCAGCAAUGCUCCGGCGGAAGCGAUGGGAAUCAUUGCGGAAUCCGUUGGACGAAGAAGGCGGAAUGGGAUGGGACUAUGGGCUUGGAGCAGCAGAUGUCUGUCUUGGGUGUUCUUAAUGCUGUCAUGGUCCCAUUCAAGGCAGAUGGCCCUUACAAUACUGAUAAUGGUGGCACAUCCAAAAGUGACCCAGAUGGGGACACCAGCAAGCAGGAUAGCUUGGAGCCUGCACCUAUCACUACAGGUGAUAGGACUGGCGCGGGAAUCUUGACUGCGAUCUUCGUUAUAGUCUGGGCCGGAGCUACAUGUUGGAUGCUUAUUGGAGGCGAGUAG